AGAAUGCAUCAGUGCAUAUUCGUGUGGUCACACGUGUUAUUGAAAAGUGCAACAAAUUUGUAUUAUUUCUUUAGAUAAUGCUCAUUUUUUAAUUUAAAGAUGAAGAAACGUUCGAAAAAGCCUGUAAUGCCCGAAUCGGACGCGGAUGACUUGGAAACCGGAAGCGAUGGUUCAGAUUUGGAUGACGAUUGGGAUCUUUCCCAACUGGAAUCAAUAAACAAUGUAAAGAGAGAAAUAUCUGACGAUGAGGGCGAAUCGCUUCCUAAAAAGAAGAAAAAAUUAGACAAUGAUUUGUACAAAGCCCCAACGGCUGAGGAAAUAAAUCAACUUAAAGAAACUGAGAAUUUAUUUCAUUCAAAUUUGUUUCGACUUCAGAUCGAAGAAAUUCUUAGCGAAGUCAAACUCAAAGAAAAGUACAAAAAAUCAUUUCAGAUUUGGUUUCCCAAAUUGAAGAAACAAAUUGAAUCUAUUCAAGAAACCGAAGAAUACAAGCUUUGCGAUGAAGAAAUAUUAGAAAAUCUUGGUGUAAAUAUUCCGCUCGCGAAACUUCCGAAAGACACAAAAGGCACAUUUAAAUUUUUGAAACCAUCGAAAAUUAGCGUUAUCGGUUCUUAUGCUCUCGAUGCGAUUAUUGGUCCGAAAAUUAUUAUCGAUUUGGCAGUCGAAAUGCCGGCAACAUUGUUUCAAAAAGGAGAUUAUCAGAAUUACAGGUAUCUCAGGAAACGAGCAAUUUAUUUAUCUCAUAUCGUCUCAAACAUUGACGACGAGUUAGCUCAGGAAAAAUCGUUUCUUGGAAAUAAUGAAAAAGUUAUUCUCAAACUUGUUCCAACUGGUAAACUUGGGAAAAAGUGCAUUAUUUAUAUUCACAUAGCAGCAGAAGAGAGCAGUUUUAAACUUAACCGGUUUUUACCCGAGAAAAAUAGCAUCAGACCUGGAUGGUUUUUUGGGAAAGAAUUUGCCGAAGAUGAAUCUUUAAUCCCAACUCCACAUUACAAUUCGGUCGUUCUUCACGAUUUAACAAUGUUGCGAACAAACGAACAAAACCUGAAAUUAAUAAAGGAAUAUCCAAAUAUUCGAGACGGUAUAAUUCUUUUAAAAAUCUGGCUGGGCCAACGAGAAUUGAAUGUAGGAUUUGAUGCAUUCAAUGGCCACGUUAUGACGAUGUACGUAUUGUAUUUAUUACGUACAAAGAAGCUAAACACUUUUAUGAGCAGCUAUCAAAUCGUCAGGAACGUUUGGAACAGUUUAGCUCAAAGUAGUUGGAGCGAAAACGGAAUAUCGAUGUGUCAAGAAACAGAGAGCCUGAAACGAAUUUCUGAGUACAAAAAGUACUACGAUUGCGCUUUUCUAGACACAACAGGGUAUCACAAUAUCGCCGCAAACAUUUCCAAAGAAACGUUUUUUUGGAUUCGUGACUUGGCAGCAGGUUCUGUACAAUCUUUAGAUCAUGGUCAAGUUGAUGGGUUUCAGGUUCUUUUUAUGAGGAAAGUUCCUAUUUAUCGAGCUUUCGAUAAUGUGAUCUGCAUUCACGAUACGCUGGCUUUAAAAAAUAUUACCGAAAAGAAAUCGGCUGAAGUGGAUCGACUUAACUUUGGACCUAAUAAACACCUUCAGAGUGUUAAACUGAUCGUUGAUAUUUUGAAGCAAGGUUUAGGGCAGAGAUUGUUAGAUAUUUUCGUAUUACCAGAACAGUUUAAAGAAUGGAAUAUCGAGGAUGAUGUUCCAGAAAAUUUGGACGAAAUUUUUAUUGGACUGAAUUUGAAUCCGGAUUUCUACUUUGAUGUGAUCACGAAGGGACCAGAAGGAAAUUCUUCAAAGGCAGCAGCUUUUAGAAAGUUUUGGGGCGGUAAAUCUGAAUUGCAUCGUUUCAACGACGGUUCGAUUCACGAAGUUGUAGUUUGGGGAGAAGGAAAAUCUCUAGAGGAAAAGCGAAGUUUGACCAAGAAAAUAGUUCUCUUCAUUUUACAAAAGAAGCUCGGCCUUCACAGGAGUAAAAUUUUCUACUUGGGAAAUCAAAUUGAGAAUCUGCUGAAGCUGCAAAAGAUAAACGUGACGAACUUUGAAUACGGAACAGGAGAAGAGGCUUCACUGCGAGUAAUUCAAGUCUUCAAUUCUCUGGAGAAAGAAUUAACUUCUCUGACAGAUAUGCCACUAUCCAUCACUGGAAUUCAAGGUUCCAGUUCUGUAUUUCGAUACACGGAAGUUUUUCCUCCACUUGCAACUGUGAUUCGAGAAAAGGAUGACAUCACUGUCAAAGGAGAAAAGUAUCUUUUGCUUGAAGAAGAAAAUUUAAAAGAAGCUCCUACUUUUGUUCAACCCAUCGAAAUUAGUCUUCAGUUGUUGACAAGUGGAAAAUGGCCUGAUGAACUGGAAGCAGUUCAGAGUACAAAAGGUGCAUUCCAAAUUCAGGUAGCUGAAUGUCUCAGGAAACAGUACAAAUUGAAGGCUCAGGGAAGUCUUCACUACACUGAUGUAUUUAAGAAUGGAUUUGUAUUUCGAUUGAGAAUAGCUCACCAAAAGGAAAUAGCUCUUAUGAAACAGCAAAUUGGACCGGAUGGUGUUGUAAAGUACAGAGACACGGAAGAAUCAAUAGCUCUGGAGAAAAAAUUGUUUCAUCUGCCGAAAUUAAACGGAGCUUUGCAUGGAUUACACUGUCAGCAACCUUCCUUUGGACCAGCUUGCUGUUUAGCGAAGCGCUGGUUGUCCUCACAGUUGUUGGACGACUCUCAUUUUCCUGAUAUUGUCGUGGAACUGCUUCUAGCUUCGAUAUAUUUAACCCCGGAUCCUUACAAACCAGCCCAAAUGCCACAAGUCGCAUUUUUCAGAUUAUUGGAAUUGUUUGCUCGGUCUCACUGGAGUUCCGACCCUGUCAUUGUCAAUUUCAACAACGAAAUGACUCGCGAACAAGUUGUGGCGGUUGAAAAUUUGUUUGGAACUUCACGCGAAAGUUUACCACCUUUAUUUAUAUCGACUCCCUACGAUCAGCAAAGUUCCAUCUGGACGAAAAACGCACCAACUCUUGUAAUUCUGAAUCGCGUGUGUCUAAUUGCGAAGGAAUCUUUAAAACUGAUAGAGGCGCAAGUCCUCAAUUCUGUCCUGGACUACAAAAUGCUCUUCCGACCACCGCUCAGCGAAUACGACUGUUUGAUACAUCUGAAGUCGAUCUACAAUCCAAGAAAAUACGAAGCCGUCGAAGUGGAUGAUAAUGAGCCCAUCGUUAACUGGCAUCCUUUCAAGUAUCAUUCGGAACACAGAAUACCGGUCGUUGGCUUCAAUCCAGUCCAGUUGUAUUUAAAUGAAUUGAGGAAAAACUAUAGCGAAUUCGCUCUCUUCUUUCACGACACAUAUGGAGGAGAAGUCAUCGGUGUACUUUUAAAACCUUCAGUUUUGGAACCUAAAGCAGAUAUUAAAGUUGCUAAUUUCCACCGCCGUAGAUUAAAUUGUGAGGGUCAACUUGUUUUGGAUACAUCAACGAUGAUCGAGAAUUUCUACAUAAUUGGGAAAGAAAUUAUUUCAGGAAUAGAAGUCCAAUCGAAAAGGAUAUCUUCAACCUAAAAAAUAUAAGUAUAUAAACCUA